AUGCCUACUGUGGAUCAAAGGCUAAAGCUCCUCGGGCUGAUCAUCGUCGUCUUGGCUCAUUGCCGCGGUAGAUUUCCUCGCUUCUUUUCUCCUUUUUUGUCGGCACUCGAUCCUCUCGCUCACUCCCUUGUUGUUCUCCGAUUCACCUCUCCACUCUCUCGCUCCCUUCCGUCACACCGUACCUUACCUUUCUCCCCCCUCCCUCCGCUCAGCAGCACAGCAGCGGGCGAGCGAGCAGUGCGGCGCCUGCGGCUGUCCAAGGCUCUAACGCUGCCGGACACCACUACAGUGGCGGACGCGUGUCGGCGAAUGGCUAACCGCCGCGUGGACGCCUGCCUGCUCACCGACUCCAGCGCGCUGCUCUGUGGCAUCAUGACGGAUCGGGACCUAGCAUUGAAGUGUGUGGGAGAGGGCCUGGAUGUGAACAGCACGCUGGCGUCAGCCGUUAUGACCAAGAACCCCACCUUCGUCACCAUUGACUCCUCUGCUGUCGAUAAACGCACUGCAACGCAUGGUGCAGG